GUCUGUUUUCAAUUCGUUCUUCGUCUUGGAUAAGAUUGGUUUGCACACUGGUAACCCAAAUGCAGAUGGAGUAAGAUUGCAGCUCGCAAACUUUGGUUUGAUACUAUUAAAUAUGUGUGCUGCUGGGUUCAGGGCUCCUCGGAGAAAAGAUCCACACGACCUUCGGGCCAAUCCAAAAGUUCAGCUUGCGCAGGACAAGAGGUUUGCGACUGGUGUCUUGGAGCAUUAUAACAGAAACAAGAAGGUCAAAUUUGAGCUCCUGAAUGUCAAGCCUGUGAUCAGCAUACCCGAGCCACGAUGCUGUUACACACACAUCAACUUCACCGCAAGGUCCAGCAAGGAGGAUUCGCGGGAACAGCUUUUCUUCGCUGAGAUUUACCACUGUGACAAAAGAAAGGCUCCAAGUGGCUUCAUCGUCACUUGCUGUGAGCCACUGGGCUCUGAUUGUGCAGCGGGACAAAAGUUUUGCAAGCCUGAUGGUAGCUCGGCGGCGUGUUUACGACUAUGUGCGUUAGCAGUGUACACUGAAGAAGCAUGUGGAACUCUGUACUUGUGCCAUUUUUUCACUUCACUGCUGGAGACUACUGACUGAGUUACCAGAUCCGAGGCUUAACCUCACCUUUCCACUCUUCAAAGUGCUCGGUUGGUGACGGCCCAUUAUUCUGGAUAUCCUUGGUUUUCUGAAAUCAAUUACCUGAAUGAGAUAAUUGAUUUCGCUGUAGUUGUCUGAACACCAGCAAACUGCACAAUGACUGUAGGGGGAACAAAACACAUUUCUCACAAUUCCAAUUCUGCAUUUGAUCAGAGGAGUACUGCAUUCUGAGAUAAACAUCGUCGCACUAUUCAAUUAGUUUGCCCAUUAACCUACUUGGUCGGGCCCCUUUUGUAAUCAUCAGGGCCUCAUUUAGAUGUCCUUGUCUGAACCUUAACAUACUGUACAAUGACUGCAUGUAGGAAUAACGAUGUAUUUGAUGCAA